AUGGUUACCAGCACGUCUUUGAAUACAUGGAAAUGCCUUUUCUCAAUGCGAUGUCUUCGAUGCGAAUCACCAAGUUUCUGCAUCCACGCUACCACCAGCUCGGGUUUGUCCAGAUUCUUAAUAGAGUUGUCAAAGGAAGACAUAAUGUUGAUGAUAUGUGCCCUAAAACUAACGUUUGCCGUCAUUUCUGCUUCAGUAUGGAUGUGGGCCAAGUUCUUGAAGAAUGUCUUCGUUUCUGGUUCUGCUUCGAAGAGUCUAAAAAACAUCAGGAAUCCGUUUCCGUUGGAGUUUGCAUUUAUGAUAGCCCAAGAUUUUUGCACAUUGUACACAUCCCUCAGUGACAUGCCAGAUACUUUGUUUCUCUCAUCAGGGUCUCCGCCCCACCACCAUCGUUUCAUUAAGUCCCCAACGCCCAUGUUUUCAGAUAUUGAACGGACAAGCCUUUGCCUCACAGGUCUUCGGUACUCCUUUCUUGGAUUUAUCAGGUGUUCUAUUCAAUCGAUGGUCUACAGUUUUCUUGGUCGAAAUUCGUAUAUUUAUUUGUUUUUAACUUUGACGCAUGAGCAACGACUGAAGGACCGCGAUCGACUGAUUGUUUGA